AUGUACCGUUCAUAUCAAGAAAGUACUCUUCAAUCAGCUGUAAGACAAUCUCAGUGGGGUUUGUCCAAUAACUUUGAUAAUAUGUCAACGAUUGCAGGUUUACAACAAACUAGUGAUGUUUUAUUGGGUAUUAAUAAAUUCGAGAAAGACCUUUUUAAUCUUUAUCAACAGUCAUUUUAAGCAUCAAUAACCAAAAAUAAUAUAGUACAAAUAAACACAUAUACAAGUAUAUUGUAUGUAUUAAUAUAAAAUUAUGAUUUAAAUUUACUAUUUUAAAAUUUGCAGGAUGCCAUAAUAUAUUUUAAUAAUUUAAUAAAAAUAAAAAUUUACAUGGUUUAUUAAAACAGUUAUUAUGACGAUUUUAUUUCCAUUUAUUUUUUUAACCCUGCAUGGGUCGCGCGGAUGGAUUACAAUAGAUAAAAUAAAUGUAUUUAUUGUAGUUUGGAAAUCACUGGAGUUAUCUUAUCUUUUCAGUACCUUCAAAUAGCAUGUUGCUUAAUAUAAUUAGUUAGUUAUCGAAUACCGUUCGUAGAAUUUGUCGUCGUUAUUUGAGUUCUAACUGAGUUGGAUUACCAUUGUAUGUCAUGCGAUCUUUCACGUAUAAAUAUUUUAUAAGUUUUUUUUUAUACUACUAGAUUUAUUUUCAUGUCAAUAAUAAAAAAGAAUGAGUAACAAAAUCGAUAUUUAACAAUGGUUGGAAGAAGAUGAAGAUGAACUAACUGAUGGAAACGACAUUGACAGUGAUGAUGAGUUAGAGGAUCAGGUAGAAGUAAAUGAUGAAAACACGGAUACGGAAAAUAGUGACUAUGGAAAUGAAAGUGAGUCGAAUAGUAACGAUAUUGAUCCAAUAUUACAAAAUAAAUAUUUUUUUGGGAAGGAUAAUAUUAGGUGGAUAAAAAAAAGUACCUACUAUAACCCAUCAGACUCGUGCUCAUAA